CCCCGGGGGACUGUUAAACUCGCUGUGCUGCCAGGCGGGCCAGGGUGUCUGCAGAGGUCCCCUGCCUCCUUGGUCGCCUCCUGCCACCCACCUGGGCUGCCUGUCCUGGGUACGCGCCCCUGGGGAGCCUGCCGCAUGGUCUCCUGCAAGCCUCUCGUUAAGCAGCUAGCCCUGACUGCACAAGGCAGACGUGUGUGGUCCCUUCAGCCAGCUAUGCCCUUGCUACCUGGCACCGUGGGCCUGGCAGGCCUGAUCUUCUGGGCAGGCCAGAUAGUGAACACCUUGGUGCCCAGUGCCGCCCCAGUGCCGGCUUGGCCCAACAGCACAGCUCUGCAUCCCCUGGGUGGCUCGGGGGUGCCCCACUACCGGCGGAAGCGCCACAUCUCUGCCCGGGACAUGAGUGCCUUAUUGGAUUAUCACAACCACAUCAGGGCCACUGUGCACCCACCAGCCGCCAACAUGGAGUAUAUGGUCUGGGACGAGCAGCUGGCCAGGUCCGCCGAGGCCUGGGCCACCCAGUGCAUCUGGGCCCAUGGGCCCUCCCAGCUGAUGAGAUACGUAGGCCAGAACCUCUCCAUCCACACCGGCCGGUACCACUCGGUGGUGGACCUCGUGAGAGCAUGGUCCGAGGAGCGGCAGCAUUACUUGUUUCCAGCCCCGGCGGACUGCACCCCGCGCUGCCCCUGGCGCUGCAGCGGCCCUGUGUGCUCCCACUACACCCAGAUGGUGUGGGCGUCCUCCAGCCGGCUGGGCUGUGCCCUGCACACCUGCGGCAGCAUCAGCGUCUGGGGCAGCACCUGGCGCCAGGCGGUGUACCUGGUCUGUAACUACGCCAUUAAGGGCAACUGGAUUGGCGAGGCACCGUACAAGACGGGGAGGCCGUGUUCCGCCUGCCCCCCGAGUUACCAAGGCAGCUGCAGUAGCAACAUGUGCCUCUCCGGGCUCCAAUCCAACCAGCUCCGGGGGUCCUGAAUUUCCCCAGGGCUCCAGCGGGCUUCUGGGUGGGCCUCAGCCUCCAAGGGUCCUUCCCUAAAGGUCAGGUCAAGGGAUAAUUCUUUUUUAAGACAUGAAUUGAUUUCCUUCCAUUGAUCUGAAUUUUUUUCCUGAUAAAUGUCUAGCAUGUGCCAGAAGAAAACGACCUGCCUGCCUCCCUUCUUUUCUCGGCCGCAUCUUCCUUUUCUCUGGCCUCCAGGAGAGAGACCUGCGUCUUGAAUUGACUCAGUUCUCAGAGAGCCAGGGCUAGAAGGAACAGUGGCAGCAGUUUUGCGACUCUUAGGCCUCAAACUCACAAGUCUCUGUCCCUCCAAUAAAAGGCAUCUAUUAAAUAACUCUUCGCCGGAAACCCAGCUCCAUUCACCCACUAGUAGCCAAUCAGAUUCGGGUAGGCUUGGAAGAUCUGUGGUCCCCUCCUUGAGCUGGGAAUAUUUCGGGUCUGAGCUUUUAAAACAUUGGGGAUAC